ACGGCCCCUGUGGGCCAUGCGAGCGGGGCCUGCGGGGCCUGCGCGGCCGGCGGGUCUACGCGGGGUCAGGCUCGGCGCCGCCCACGCGCGGCUCGUGGGAGAAGCGGAGCGGGCGCUCAGGCGGAUGCUGGGCGCCUAAUCCCAGGCCCCGGGGUCGGGCUGCAGGAGCUGCUCCAGCGCUUUUGGCGGGGUUUGUCUCCUGUCGCUUCCCGUCUCCGGAGCCGGCCUCGCCGUGGGUGCUGGGAGCCGGGCGGGGCGCGGACGCAGAUGAAAAGAAGCAAAGAGUCAACAGCCAAACAAACCAGUGACGAGCAAGCAGGUACUCUUUGUUGUUGGAAAUGUAGAAGAUGUAUUGCAAGUUCUACCUGCCUCAUGAAUUGCCUUGAGAAUCAAGUGAUUGAGGACAGACAUGAGUCGGUUGACACCCCAAGCACUUGUCGUCUGUGGCACAUGAACGCAGAGAGCCUUCCAGAGUGGAUAAACCGCCUCAUACAAAAGGCCCAGUGGACAGUUGGGAAAGUGAAUUGUCCUUUCUGUGGGGCCCGCUUAGGGGGCUUUAAUUUUGUCAGCACUCCAAAAUGUUCCUGUGGCCAGCUUGCAGCUGUACAUGUCUGCAAGAGCCGGACUGAUCACCAACCAGCACCGGCGGGCAACCUAAUGAGGCCAGCGCUCGAAUACUUGUCUCAUCCCGGAGUCCAGUCAGGUUGUCAUGAGGAGCCUCUGGUGACAGGUUGUGGCUCCAAAAUCAGAAACCACAGGCUUUUCAGCAUGACCCGAAACAAUAACGGCCUCGGAAGACUAACAGAAGCCCUCUGCCUGGAGGUGCGAGCGACAUAUUUUGAGAUGAAGAAUGAGAAACUGCUCUUCAAAGCCCCGGACCCAAAAUACCAGCCUUUUGUUCUUCAGCGAGCGGCGGGCAGGCGCUCUUCCAGAGCUUCUCAUAGAAAGUCACAGAGUUUGGACCUGAACAUCAAUGAGAAGCUGCCUUUGUUACCCACUUUAUAUGAAAUCCAUAGUAAGACUACUACCUAUCCCAGGCUAAAUGAAACACAGCCCAUUGACCUCUUGGCUUUGCCGUGUAGUAGAAGCGACUGUUCCUUUCAAAACCCACCCAGUUUUGAUCCUAAUCUGCUGCUGCACAGACUUUCCGUGGCUCCGCAUGAGACCCAGGCACAAAGAGGAAGAGAAUUUCAGUGUGGCCUAGAAGCUUCUUCCCUAUACUCUGAUCACGCUAAUGCUAACAGCCUGACAUUCCUGAUGGAUCUGCCCUCAUCGGGGAGGGGCAUGCUGGAUGCCUCAGACCAAGAAGAACACCUCUCCCCUCUGGACUUUGUGCGCUCUACCAGUUUCCCCUUGGGCACCAUUAACCACAGGCUGAAUAGCAGAGAGAGGAGCAGGUUGAGGACUCUAAGAAGACAACGGAGGAGGCACGAAAGAUGGCUGCAGAAGCAGGGUAAAUACUCAGGAGUGGGAUUGCUGGAUCAUAUGACCUUGAGUAAUGAGAUGAGUACAGAUGAUGAGAAUGAGUACACAGAGGAAAAGGACAGCUAUAUCUGCGCCGUGUGCUUGGAUGUGUACUUCAACCCCUACAUGUGCUACCCUUGCCGUCACAUCUUCUGCGAGCCCUGCCUUCGGACUCUGGCCAAAGACAACCCCGCAAGCACUCCCUGCCCACUCUGCCGGACCAUCAUUUCUAGAGUCUUUUUCCAGACAGAACUGAACAAUGCCACAAAGACCUUCUUCACCAAGGAAUAUUUGAAAAUAAAACAAAGCUUUCAGAAAUCCAGUUCUGCCAAGUGGCCCCUGCCAAGCUGUAAGAAAGGAUUCCAUCUCUUUGGAGGAUUCCACAGGCAUGCAGCUCCAGUGACACGGAGGCAGUUCCCACACGGGGCACACAGGAUGGACUACCUACACUUCGAGGACGACAGCCGUGGAUGGUGGUUUGACAUGGAUAUGGUGAUCAUCUACAUUUAUUCAGUGAACUGGGUCAUUGGAUUCGUUGUUUUCUGCUUCCUUUGCUAUUUUUUCUUUCCGUUUUAGGAAUCGCCAUACCCUACUAUAAUUGAACAAUCAUAAAUAUAAACAUCAAUGGCUUAAACAUUUGGAGAGUGUGCUUUUUAGUUUUUAUAAUGUUGCAUUAUAAAAAAUUGUUAGUGUUUAUAGAAAUUCUGAGGAUAAUGGAUUUAUUUAUUAAUGUCUUUCAUGUAACAACCUAAAUUUUAUUCAAGAGCUGGUCUACCAGCCAUUAAGAGCAGUGCACUAUUAAUGCCAUAGAUUUUACUGUAGGACUUGGGGUUCUAAUUUUACAAUGUCAUUUUUAUACUUAUUAUGAUUGUAAAGACUGAGGUUUUACCUCCAUUUAAAAAUAGUAAAAAUAUGAAAUGAAUAAUCUGGAUGGGUAGCAUCAUUAUUACUAAGAUGUUUAGUUGAGCACUACAUAUUCUUAGGCAAAUGAUGUGCAUUAAAGAUAAACCAUAUUCUCUGGGAACUAAUCAAGCAGGGUAUAUUGCAUUUUGAUUUCUGAAUAUCUCUACUUCUGUCUCCUUCUAGUACCAAAAAUCUGACUAUCCUUUUUGUACAAACUUCAUAGCUUUGGUGCAACAUUUUUAACUAUGAUAAAAACAAGACAUUACAUGCAGUCAGACUAACACCCAAUAGCUAUGUUAGAGAGCCAUAUUAACACUUUCCAGUUUCAAAAUGGAUCACUUGAGAAAUGACAAAUCUGACUUGUAGUAACAUAAAUGACCAAUGCAUGUCCAAAAUGUAAUUAAUCUGGUGAUUCAUUGAACUAGAAGACUGUCAAUGUGCAAUAAAGAGUGGCUUUUACGUUUUUUAUUGUUGUUAUUUGACUUAA